GCAAACCAAAAAAGAAAAUUAUAUAAAAAAAAAAAUAAUAAUAAUAAGGUUUAGAUCCUUUUUACGACGGUCCCCUCUCGAAAACCUUUCUCUUUCAUUCCAAUCAUACAAUAAAUCUCUCAAACACCACAAAUUCAGAAAGUGAUGGCUUUAUUCGAUACUCAUCACCCUGGAGUUUUUGCAUUUGGUCUUCUUGGUAACAUUAUCUCCUUCAUUGUGUUCUUGGCUCCUGUGCCAACAUUUAUGAGAAUAUGUAAGAAGAAAUCAACAGAAGGGUUUCAAUCAGUUCCAUAUGUGGUGGCACUUUUUAGUGCAAUGUUGUGGUUAUAUUAUGCUUCAUUCAAUUCUAAUGAAACCCUUCUCAUUACUAUCAAUUCUGUUGGCUGUCUCAUUGAGACUCUUUACAUUGCCAUCUUCAUUGUUUUUGCUCCUAAACAAAUUCGGGUUUCAACGUUGAGAUUUGUUCUUCUAUUGAACUUUGGAGGGUUUUGCAUAAUUCUACUUGUUACUCACUUCUUAGUUCAUGGCUCUAAUCAAGUGAAGGUUGUUGGAUGGAUUUGUGUCGCCUUCUCCGUCUCUGUCUUUGCCGCUCCCCUUACCAUCAUGAGAUUGGUGAUUCGCACAAAGAGCGUGGAGUUCAUGCCCUUUUCAUUAUCGUUUUUCCUCACACUUAGCGCAAUUACAUGGCUUCUUUACGGCGUAUUUCUCAAAGACAUCUAUGUUGCGCUUCCAAAUGUGUUGGGAUUUAUAUUUGGAGUAGCACAGAUGAUCCUAUAUUUGAUUUACAGAAAGUAUGAGAUAGCCAUAGCAAAGGAAAUGAAGCUACCAGAACAAACAAAAAUGGACGAUAUUGCAAUGAAACAAAAACAAGAUUCUUCUGUUGAAGCAAUUGAGGUAAUAAUAACGACCAAUAUCGAAGAAAUCGAACUCGGCAACGACAACAAUGACGAUGACGACAAACAUAAUCACAAAACAUUGGAAGUGAUCAACCACCAAAUUACAGACCUUAAUCAUGUUUAACCAUAUGUUGUCUUCUAAUUAAAUCUCUUUGUUUUGUUCAUGUUUGUACGUUUUGUAAUGCUUUAAAUUUUGGUGUUUUGGUUUAAUUAUGUACUUACCCAACUUUUCUCUAAGCUACCAUGUAAUAAUGUUAUAAUAGCUAGAGAUUAGUGACUAUGGUACGUGCAUAACUAAAGUAUAUAGUUUUCUUUUUGGCUCUCAUGUAAUUAAUAAUUAUUUUAAUCAAUCGUGUUUUGAUGGAUAAAA